AAUGUCAAUAAAUGUGUCAUGACUGGAGAAAUAGCAUCUCUGACAUUAUGCAUCUAACCAAAGUUUAGUCAUAUGGCGUCAUGCUGAAUUGCUUAUGGUUUUUGACAUUGUAGCAUUAUGGAAUGCCUCGACUGUAAUCAAACAAAGAUGCUAGCCUUUCUCUGAGCAACAAUGGACGAUUUUAGCCAACAUCUGGAAUAAAUUUUAAUGAAGCUGAUCCUGAACAUGCUGUUGCAUUUUAAAUAAUUCCAGUAUUUCAGAUUUAGUAUUUAACAGAACAGCAGGACGUCACAGAGCUGUCGUUACCAGCGUAGAGGGAUCUCUCGUUACAGCGCUGUAUGUCUGAACAUCACAUGCACUAUGCAACAAUCCCAUUGAAUGGGUAAAAGCAACCAUUAAGACAGAUCAUAACCUGUUUCUCAGGACCAGCCAUAACGUACAGCCCCCCUCCGAAAGUAUCAGAACGACAAGGCCAAUUCUGUUGUUUUUGCUAUACACUGAAGAUUUGAGAUGAGACGAUGAAUAUGAGACGACAGAUCAGAAUUUCAGCUUUAAUUUUCUUAUAUUAACAUCUACAUAUGUUAAACAACUUAGAACAUGGCAAACCACCAAAUAUUUAGGUGAGCAAAAGUAUAUUUGGUUGCUUGUCCCUUGCUGGCAAUAUCUGCAUCAAGCCUGCGACCAACUAACAUCAGCAAACUGUUGCAUUCUUCAUAGGUCUGCAUAAAACCUUCCAUGUUUCCCCCCUGAUGAAGUCCUUUGUUGUGUUGGUAGUGUGUUUUGCAUCAUUGUCUUGCUGCAUGAUGAAGUUCCUCCCAAUUAGAUUGGAUGCAUUUCUCUGUAAAUUGGCAGACAGAAUGUUUGUGUAGGCUUCUGAAAUUAUUCUGCUGCUCCCAUCAUGAGAUACAUCAUCAAUAAAGAUUAGGGAGACGGUUCCUGAAGCAGCCAUGCAAGCCCAAGCCAUGAUACUACCUCCAUUGUGCUUGUUGUGCAUGUUUUGGAUCAUGAGCAGACCUUUUCUUUCUCCACACUUUGGCCUUUCCAUCACUUUGGGGGAGGUUAAUCUUGGUUCCAGAACUUUUCAGUGUAUAGCAAAAACAAAAGAACUGGCCUUGCUGUUCCAAUACUUUCAGAGGUGACUGUAUAAAAAGGAGCAUAAUACAUAGUGAUAAGAAGCAAUGUGUAACACUUCUGAUGUAUUUAUAGUUGUGCUUGGGCUGAAGGUUAAGGAUAAAAUGUGGCUAAACCCACAGUUUGUAAUGGUUUGCUUUUGUUGAUAAAACUAAAAUGGUCUGUACAAAGCCUGGAUACCAUUAACCAGGGGUAUGAUUCAAGAGAAUGGUAGCAGCAGAAGCGUUGAUUUAUUUUGUGGUGUGUGUGUGGUUGUGUGUGUGUUUGUGUGGAGGGGGGUGUCAGAGCUUAGAAUUUCUCUGAGGUUAUAGCUCAGGAUAUAACUCAACGGUUGCAUUGUCUUAAUAAUUUUCCUUCUUACCAUUAAUGUUUCUCUCUCAUUUUUCAAAGUGGCAGUGAGAAUAAUAUUUAGGAGUUGGCAGCCAUGCCAUUGCCACACAGUGGUAUAAGUAAAGAAUGAAACGCAAAACAUGGUGUGCUGUUAUAGAAACAUAAUCCAACACGAGGUGGUGGCACCCCAAAGUGGAGUAUAUUCGUGUACAACAUGCCCUGAAGUGUUUAUUGCUCUUAUACCACAGCAAUUUGCCAACCAUUACAAUUUUUAAUUUAUUAAUAAUGAAUAACUUGUCAUGCUUUUUAAAAAUGUAUGGUUGCGGGACAUGUUUAAUGUUGUGGAAUAUUAACAAGUUUGUUCCAAGUUAGUUCCAUGGGACAAGUUAGUUCCUGUUAUCACGUUAUAACAGCUAUAAACAGUCGUUCUCUCACAAACCUUUCUUUUUUCCUCACUCAUGAAGUUAAUAAGAAAAUUGUAAAAAUUUGCUAUGCGGAUUGUUGCUCUACAGAGAAAUCAGAAGUCCUGAAGACUUUCCCUUUGACGUCUACUUACAGAAAACUUCUUCACCAUAUCAGCAAUGUGUUUUUUCUUUGUAAAAUAACAAAUGUUUAUUAUUAGAUUUAGAUUAUGAAUUAGCUGUUACUAUAGAAACAACAAUGUAUUAGAAGAUUAUAACAAUAUAAAUUACAGCUGGAAUUACUGUCAGAGUUGCUCUUAUAGAAAAUUCAUCAACACCUUCUGACCAAUCAUAUUCAAGAAUCUUGAAGUCUUUUCUCUGCUGCUUACAAUAAGGCCUUCAAAGAUGUGGUCAGUGUGUUACAGUAGAAUAUACGAGGGUUACAAGUCUUAUUGAGAAACUGCAAGAAUGAGAAGAGGACCACCUCAAAGAAUCUGCAUUUCCCAGAAAUUAGUCAUGGAUAACUACUUGACUGGCCUCCUGAUUGGCCUUCAAAUCCAGAAAUUAUUCACAGGAGGCAUAGUAGUUGUGCUCUUGGUCUCUCUACUUUAGAGCUGAGUCUCAUUUCCCCUUUCUCCUCUCCCAUUUUUGUAAAACAGACCAGAAGUCCCCUUCACGUGUUGCCUAUCAAGUCGGCCCGAAGCACUCGUUAUUAAGUGUUGAUGUGGUCUGGUUGCCGCACAGGUCCAUGGAGAAUUACCAAACAGAUCAAUGGCAAAUCCAAUGGAGGAUAUCCGUAACAGAAGUGAAGAAGCGCUGUUAAUUUAAUACCAACACUUUCUUGAUUUCAGUUUCACCAAGAUGAAAUGUGAGAGCAAACAUUGCUUGACCACAGUAGUAAAUCAGUUACAAGGCCUCCUGGGUUAGUUCGUCUCAGAUAGAAUUGAAUCUACAUAAGGAUAUGGACUUGGUCUGAGUAGACCUAUAUGUUUGAUUGUGGGUCAGUGUUUGAAGUUGAUUUCAUUUGAAUGUCCCUGAAGUGGAACUCUUCAAAAAACACCUUCUUUAUUUUUGCUUCAUGGUUAUUCAUUAGACUUAUUUUGGAAAUCGUUUGUUCUGUAUCUUCUUACCUCUGCUUGGAUUUAGCAUUAAUUUGUACCAAUGCGUUGUUUGAGAAUGGGCUUUUCAGUUAAUGCGUCAUCACUUCAGCCAAGGACCUGCUGUUUCUGAUCCAACGUUAUUUAUACAAUCAUGAUUUUGGAAUGCAGGGUCUGUUUUUUCCUUCCAGCACGAAUAUCCGCUGGCUAAGAAAUCUCUCAACUUCAUGGUCUCUCUCCAUCAAUCCCAGGCUUUCUCAUCUCAUCUACUAGGUCCAUGAAUGGCUUUAUGUCUCACCUGUCCGAAGUGUCUGAUGUGCUCUGGUGAUGUUAUUUAGUGGGAAAAAGCCGGAUCUGACACCAAGCCAAACCCAAUAAACACCUUCAAAAGGAAUAAAACAAAAGGAGCAUGAGAUUCUGACAUUGUUGCUAUCUUUCUUUGUGUUCCUCUUGCUCACUUUGGAAGGACAACAGCAGCUGUUUUUUUCUCAGCUUUUUCAUUUUUUCAUUACUGGCCUUUGACAAUCGCUAAGAUGUCAGUAACAGUGUGAAGAGUGGCUGUUCCUGAUAGAUUGCACUAACUCUUAAUGUCUGUAAAAUCACAAACAAAAGUAAGUUAGUUGUUGUUCCAGCAUAUCAUCAUGUUUAGUGUACAUAUUGUCCUUGAUGUCCUCAUAUCUGAACUCCACCAUUUCCUUGGCUUUUAUUGAUGCCAGUCAAGCCUGCGAUCUCUUUUGUUUCUCAAACAUCAGUGUCAGUCUGUAAGUACUGACCAAAGUGGCGAAUGUUGAACAAAGGUGAUGAUAGGUGUGAGUGUGUGACUGAAGAUUUUUAAUAAUCUCUCAAAAAACUGGAACAAAUGGCUUAAUUACUAAUUAGGGAUUUCUUUGGCAAUUAUAUAUAGAUGAGCUGUCUUUUUCUUCAGCAGCUUUGGAUAGGAGUUUCUCCCAUCUAGGGUUGUGUGCUACACAGUUUUACGCUGCCACGAUAUCCUGUGACAGGCCCGAUGGAGCUGGGAACUCGACGAGAGCCGCACGGAGAAGAUCCUGAUCUACGCCCGUCCUUCAGCAGGGAGUCCUGAAAAGCGGGUGUCAAUUUCAACCCUUCCCCUCCCCUUUCUCCAACUACAACCCCACCCUGUCUGGCACAGGCCCAUCCCUGGCUCCUUCUCUGGCCCCAAAAUGAUUGGCAAACUGAAGCAAAACUUGCUGGUGGCCUGCUUGGUCAUUAGCUCUGUAACAGUGUUUUACCUGGGUCGGCAUGCAAUGGAGUGCCACCAGCGCGAGGAGCGAAGCCAGCCACUGCUGGGCAGCCUGCAUGCUACGCUGCGCACUGGCCAGAACAUUAGUGCCCCUUUCGUCUACAACAAGGACAUGCCGCUCAUCUUCAUCGGAGGCGUGCCUCGCAGUGGCACCACACUCAUGAGGGCCAUGUUGGAUGCGCACCCGGAUGUCCGCUGCGGUGAAGAGACGCGCGUGAUCCCCCGCAUCCUGGCCAUGAAGCAGAUGUGGAGCCGCUCGGGACGUGAGAAAAUGCGCCUGGACGAAGCUGGUGUCACAGAUGAGGUGCUAGAUUCAGCCAUGCAGGCCUUCCUACUGGAGAUCAUUGUGAAACAUGGUGAGCCAGCCACUUACCUGUGCAACAAGGACCCAUUUGCCCUCAAGUCCCUUUCGUACUUGGCGAAGAUCUUCCCACGCGCCAAAUUUAUCCUUAUGAUUCGUGACGGCAGAGCCUCUGUCCACUCCAUGAUCUCCCGCAAAGUGACCAUCGCUGGCUUUGACUUAAACAGCUACCGGGACUGCCUCACAAAGUGGAACCGGGCCAUAGAGACCAUGUACACUCAGUGUUUGGAGGCAGCCGACAAGUGCCUGCCCAUGCACUAUGAGCAGCUUGUCUUGCAUCCGGAGAAAUGGAUGCGGACGCUGCUGAAAUUCCUGAACAUUCCUUGGAAUGAAGCUGUUCUGCAUCACGAGGAGCUCAUUGGGAAAGCAGGAGGUGUAUCGCUCUCCAAGGUGGAGCGCUCCACGGACCAGGUGAUCAAGCCAGUCAACGUGGAGGCAUUGUCCAAGUGGGUGGGGAAAAUCCCGGUGGACGUACUGAGGGACAUGCCUGUCAUCGCACCAAUGCUCGCCAGACUAGGCUACGACCCCCAUGCUAACCCACCCAAUUAUGGUCGCCCUGACCCACAUGUUCUGGACAAUACUAGAAGGGUAUUUAAAGGUGAAUUUCAGCUACCUGACUUUCUUAAAGAACAAUCACAGCUGCAAAAGUCUUCAGAGAAGCCAAACUCCAGUUAGGAGAAGAGGGAAUAGAAGGAGUCGACACAUCCAUAGAAGACAAAGCAGGAACAGAUGCAGCAGGACCAUGGUGUGCUCACGCAACCCCUACUCGGACCUCUGUGCUCUUUCACCCACACAUACCCCUCAGACUGUUUCACCUGCAUACAAACACACACACCCCACACACCCUCUCUGGCCCAUCGGCCUGGACCACUAUAUGGAGAACUUUUGGCCUUCGAUGUUGUACUGUAACAAUUGUGGCCUACGAAUGUCAUUGCUAUGUUGAAUUUCUUUCCAUUAUUUUUUUGGAUUUUAUUUUUUGGUCAUAUGAUAAUCAUCUGACUUUUUUUCCUGGCUACAUAAAUCUGUGAUUCUGUUAUAAGAAAAUACAGUGGCUAGCAAAGGAAGUAUUUAUGGAAGAAACUUAGCUUUUGAAGAUGCAAUAUCUAUUUUGAUGUUCUGUUUUAUUUUCAUGCCUUUGUAUUGUGCAAUUCCUCGGGUACACGUGUACAAGAUCACAGUUUGGAGGCAUUGGCAGUGGUAAAUACAGAAUUGCAUUUUGUACCAUCAUUCACAAGUAUGAUCUUUUGUACACAGAGAAAUGUAAUAAAUGAAUUGUCAGUGUUGAAGGCAAGAAAAUGUACUUGCAAUUUUUCCAUUGAUGAAAAAAUUGGAUGCAAGAGACACUAUGCUCAAUUCUUGUACUAAAGUGUACAGUAGCAUCGUCUGACCCUUUUUUGUACAUUGCUAAUCAUUUAUGAAAAAUCAUUAUGGCUUACUAUGGUAUACUAUGGUUAACCAUGGUUUUACUACUGUACUUUGAGGUUACCAUGAUACUCCCAAGGUGCUAUUAUGCUACACUGUAGUCCACUGUGGUGAUCUGUGGUUCCAUUUUACCCAUCUGCCAGUGGCAUUGUCAAACACUUGGAUACCCCAUUGUGUGUGUGUGCACACAUACCAAGAUCUUCCAACAAGGUCAUAGAGCAAUCACUCCUUUACUCUUUACUCUGUCCUCCAAAGGAUAGCAUCCACUUAUUCCUUUAUGCCUUGGUGAGUGUGUUUUCUUCUAUAUUACAAGCAUUAUUCGUAUAUUAUGAGCAUCUGUUAGCCUGGGUUUCCCUCAUUAGCAUUACUGCCCUGCAUUUAGCUAGUCAAUCGCUCUUCUUGUAUGCAGAUAUUCAUUUUAUGGGCUUGAAAGAGUUGAACGUUUUUCUCUGCAGUGUCAGUGACUUUGCCUGUGCUGAGUAGUUUGUAUUGACAUUACAGUGAGUGUUAAAUACUGCACAUUUCUUUUCCCGAUGAGGGAUGAACUGAGGUUAGCGUAUUCCACAUUCCCCACCAUCUAGCUUACUGGAUGUUUACUAGCAUUGUUGAGUGAUUCUCUCUCAACAUAUUAUACAUUGUCUAUGCAAAGCCUGCACACUAAUUCAUAGCUUCUUGUUAUCGACUGGGCAUUCCCUCCACACAGUGUUUAUUUUUUUUCUCUACACUUGGGUGAUGUCUCCUCGAUAGUAGCCAUAGACAACCCUGCUACAAGACUCUGACUGAUGUCGUGUCUGAAUAUUUGUGCUUUAGAAUUGACCAUCUCAGUGACGCUGUGUCUGACUUGAACAUUGGCAUCGCCGAACAUUCAGCGCAGGCAAUGUCAGCACGGUGCAUUCGGCUGGCAGAUUUCAGUUCUGGCUUAGAGUCGAAUCUGGCCCAAGCCCCUCAGUCUGAACAGCUUGCUAGUCACAAACACGCAGGCCCAGCAAUGACCGACAAGCAUAACAAAAAGGCCAGAAAACAGACUGAAUUACUAGACAAAUCAAUGUCUUCGUGGCAGACAUGGCUCAGCUGAAAUCAGUAAUCAAGGAGCUGGGACCAUAUAAGAGGUUUAGACUUCUCAUCAACAGAACCCUCUUCUAGUGGCCAGUCAUCCUUCUUGCCCCUUAUUGAAGGAGGAUGAGGAUGCUAUGUCUAUAGCCAUGAGGUUUCUUCUAGGCUGAUAAUGACCUACAACAUGAGCCACCACUUUCAGUGCCACUCUCAGCAACAUCUAAAGAGCGGUUUAUUCUGUCUCUGCUGGAUCAGGUAAAUACAAUAGACCCUAUGCUAGUUGUGAUGGCCACUCUGAAAACAGUUAUGGCCUGAGUACACUUGGAUGGUACUGCAACCCACAUUAAAAGCACUUGUUCACAUGUGCCAUGUUAUGGCACAGAAGGACUUCAGCUCACCUGUACCCGAGCCCUGUGGCAUAUAUUCUGACUUAUAUGAUGAAUCAUGAGCAGGUCAGUUUUGGCCAUAUGCCUGCUGUUGAUGCUUGCAAUGCAUUAAUGGCAGUCUCAUCAAACAAAUGCACUAUACCCAGAUGUACACUGCCUAAGUGCUGAGUGCAGACCCACUGAGGAUGCACUGGUGUCCAAAUCAACUUCUGUGCCAGUGUCACUCUUGGACCAGCCUUAUAUAGGAGGUUCCAUUAGGAUGCCACACCCUGGUUCUGUGAUCCACCACCUACAGGAGGCCCAAGGCAGGGGGAGACACACUCUCUCAGACUUCUGGUAGGUGUCUGAGUACCCCUCAUCUCCUCCAUGGGACAGGCCCUAGGCUGGGAUCUAAGAUUCUUGCUGAGCAUAUCCCUGUAGGAAAGCUGGCAAUGCGGCUAAUGAUGAGACCAUUGGUCCUGAUGACAGUGUUGCAGGGAUACAGACUACAGUUCCACUUCUGGGUCCCUGCCUUUUGACACGUAAUGCCUUUUUAACUCAGACCUCAACCAAGUACUAUGCCUGUCCCAGGAAAUUCAUUCCCUCUCGAACAGAUGUGCUAUAGAAAAGGUAAAGCGGUUCUAUUUGACGUAUUUCCUUGUUCGUAAAAAGGGCAGUGGUUUCUGUCAAAUUCUAGAUCCCAGUUCCUGAAGACUCUCCCUUUUCAUAUGCUAUGGGUGACAUGUAGUUUAAGCCAAGCAGCCUCAGGCAUUCUCAAGGUCAUAUCAUUCAUCUUUGUGAAUCAGUCCACUGACCUUGCAGCCCUCAGUGAGGGUGACCUGGUGGAGUGUUCACUGCUGUUGCCAGUACAUGCUCAACAGUGCUAUUUGGAUCUGCUAGCAGACCUCCAAUCCCCAGACCAACUGUUUACUUGUUAUGGAGGUAAGACACAGCUAUGUGGGCUCACUUGUCUAAGCAGAGGAUGGCCUACUGUGUGGUGGACAUCAUCAACUUGGCUUAUACACAGAAUGGAUGCCAAGCCCCUACUAUGACGUGCCAUUGUAUGAGGAGCAUCACCUCCUCAUGUGCCUUAUUUAAAGGUAUGUCACUCUAGAAUGUCUGUGCUUCUGCUACCUGAAUGUCACCAUGCACUUUCUCCAGAUUGUCCACGUUGCCAUAGGCCCUCCCAAUGGUGUGUGUGUUGUAGUCUUGUAAUUGUGGUUUUAUGAAGGGUGUUUUAUUGUUUGCAAUUUUGGGUCUGAUUCCCACCAACUGUAGAAAAUACCAUGGAUUUUCAAUUAAAAAUCUUUAGUGUGUGUCUGAGAGUACUCCAACAAUUUUUCAACAUAAUCUCUGUCUACUGCAUCUGGAGCAUGUGUGUGAUUACCACAGAUAAUAACUUAUCUGCAGAACACAUACAGAACACAAUCAUGAAUUCUUCACUCAAAGGUAUUUGUGAGUUAAGCUCUAUAUCUGUAUAAAAUGUCCAGAGAUAGGACUACUUAUUUUCCUUAUUCUCCACCUGAGCAUGCAUAGAUACCACAAAGCCCCAAAGUGUAGUAAUUAGUUUAAACUGUGUUUUACUGUCUUGGAUGUGUGGUUGGAAGUAACAAUGAUAAACUUCAUAAGGACAGCUUUGGUAAUACGUUCUCCCAUAUCUAAUCAUGAGU